GAGUGUUUGUGUGGAAAAGCUGGGGUGAAUGUUUGUGUGGAAAAGCUGGGGUGAAUGUUUGUGUGGAAAAGCUGGGGUGAAUGUUUGUGUGGAAAAGCUGGGGUGAGUGUUUGUGUGGAAAAGCUGGGGUGAAUGUUUGUGUGGAGAAGCUGGAGUGAAUGUGUGUGGACAUCCCACUCAUGGGCUGGCACGGGGAGGGAGCUCCCGUGGGCCCGGCGAUUCUCCGGGAUGGGCAGAGCAGAACCCUCGGAGAACCCCGAGCAUCUCCUGCCCAUCCCGAGCCAGAAGCACUCACGAAACACAAACACCAGGGCUGGCCCCGCAGCUCCGGCUGGGACCGGGGGAUUUACCCGGGGAUCAGCCCGGGCUCUGACCCACCGUGUCCCGCCGCUCUCCGCAGGCCGCUCCGGGCCCGUCCGCUCCCGCCGGGCUCUCCAUGCGAGCCGAGCCCCGAUGGCCGCGGUCCCGAGCGCCGCGAUCAAGCGCAAACAGGAGGAUGCGGGACCGGGAUCAGGAUCGGGAUCGGUCGCCUCGGACGACGAGAUCGCCACGAGCGACAGCGGCGACAGCUGCGACAGCGGCGGCAGCACCGGCAGCGCCGCCCCCCCGUCCAUCCUGCGGCGCUCCCGGGCGCGCCGGGGCGGGAAGCGCGUGCGCUUUGCCCAGGUCACCGUUUAUUACUUUGCCCGGCGCCAGGGCUUCACCUGCGUGCCCAGCGCCGGGGGCAGCUCCCUGGGCAUGGCCCCGCGGCACCACCGUGCCCGCAGGUACAGCCUCAGCCAGUUCGCUCACCUGCGCCAGGUGAGCCACCGGCAGCACCUGCGGCAGCACCUGCGGCGGGAGAAACUGCGCGCCAGGAGGAGAGAGCUGACCCAGAACGGGACGGUGCCGUCGGCCGAGGCCGCGGGGCUGACCCUGGCGGACGUGUCAGACGACGACCUGGACGUGGGGCAGGUGGAGGUGGGCGAUUAUUUCUACCUGCAGCCGCUGCCCACCAAGCGGCGCCGGGCGCUGCUGCGCGCCUCGGGUGUGCGCAGGAUCGACGCCGAGGAGCGCCAGGAGCUGCGGGCGCUGCGCCUGUCCCGGGAGCAGUGCGGGUGCCACUGCCGCCUCACCUGCGAGCCGCGCACCUGUGCCUGCAGCCAGGCGGGCAUCCAGUGCCAGGUGGAUCGCACCUCGUUCCCCUGCGGCUGCUCGCGGGACGGCUGUGGGAACGUGGCCGGGCGCAUCGAGUUCAACCCGCUGCGGGUGCGCACGCACUUCCUGCACACGCUGAUGAAGCUGGAGCUGGAGAGCCGGCGCCAGGGCGAGGAGGAGGAGGAGGAGGGAGCUGCGGGCCCCAGCUGGCCGCCCCCCCAGCCCCCCGAGACUCAGGACUUCCAGGAGUACCUGGCCGAGAACGAGCGGGCGGUGCUGCACCUGCAGACGGCCGAGGAGCUGGAGAGGCUGAAGGCUGAGGAAGACUCCGGAAGCGGCUCUGGGGCAGAGGGGGGCGGGCUCUGCGUGCUGGGGGAGCCCCUGGAUGACGCCUGGCAGGUGAAGGCUGCCCCGUGCCCCGGGCUCGGCUCCGCCCUCCUCAUCCCCGCGCAGUUCCCGCUGGAGCCCCCUGUGCUGUGCUACCCCCAGGGCCAGGUGGGCUCCCAGCCCUACCUGCCCGAUGCCCCUGGGCUCUUGUGCCAGCUGGAGCCACGGGCACCUGCCAAGGGGGGCAGUGGGCACGUGGAGCAUCCGGCUCCGGCCUCCAGCCCCCCCGGGAAGGAGCUGGGGGUCCCACCUGUCCCUGCGAGCAAGGAAGGAGCGCCCCAAAACCUCCCAGAGCACCUGGAGCAGCCCCACCUGCCCAUAUGAGUGGCCUCAGGCCCUGUGGCUCCAUUAUUUAUUCCAUGGAUUGAUUAUUUAAUUGGUGGGGGCUGCUCUGGACAGAGGAUUCACCUGGCCCAGGGCCAGGAGUCCUUCUCUCACCUGGUUGGGGUCUCCAGGACUCACCUGAGCUGCAGCCUCUGGGAUCCUUCCUGUUGUCCAUCCCACCUGGCAGAGCUCACCUGUGCCAGGACUCACCUGAGCUGGAGCCUCCUGGAUCCCACAGCAGCUCUGUCCCCCCUGGCUGCCUCCACCUUCCGUGUUUUUAAGGGAAAAUCCAUUUUUCCCUAAUUGCUGUUUGUUUAAUGAAUGUCUCACCUGGGCCACCUCAUGCAGGUGAUGCUCCCACUCACCUGCAGCUGGGAAACACCUGGAACUGGCACAAGAGACCCAAGGCUGGAGUCCCCAAACCCACCUGGAAAUUCUGGGGGGUUGAACCAACUUCACCUCCUCGUUGGCUCCUCCAUCACCUGGAACUGCUCAUCUGUACCUGUGGGAACCUUCUGGAACGUUCAUUCCCUGCGGGGAGGUGCCUCCAGCAGCUGCUGAGGGGUUGGAGCUGCCCCUGCAGGGGCCAGAUUUGGGAUGUGAGGGUGCAGGAGUGUCCCUGUCCCUACCUGUGAUCCUGGCCUGCUGCAGGUGAGCUCUGGGUGUCCAGGUGCUCCUGGAGCAGUUCCAGCAGGACCAGAGCCCUGCAGGUGUGCCCAGGUGUGCCAUGGAUGCAGUGGCACCUGCCUGACCCCUGAGCUCUCAGCUGGCUCCUGCCCAUCCCAGGUGAGCUCCAGCCAUCCAUCCAUGCAGGUGACCUCACCUGGCUGUGUUUCCCAAAGAACUGUUCCUGCCCUCAGGAUCCAUCCCAUGGUGCCAGCAGAGCCCUGCAGGUGUGCCCAGGUGUGCAGCUCCUGCAGGUGUGCCCAGGUGUGCAGCUCCUGCUGUUCCUGAAUUCCCAGAGCACCUGCAACUCCCUCCUCAGGUGCUCCUGCUCACCUGUGCUCCCUCUGGCUCCAGGCAUCUCCCCUGGCAUCAAACUGGUCAGACUGGGAUGGAUUCAGGUUCUCCAGGUGUGGAUUCCCCUGACUCACCUGGGCCUUCCAGCCCUUCCUUGGGCUGGGAUUCAUGGGACACCCUCCAGACCGUCCUGGGAUCUGUCUUGGGGUGAAACUUCCCAUUUCUGGGGCUUUUCCCUCUUUCAUGGCUUCAGCCAGGUGAGAUCAACCUGGGGAGGGGCAGGAGAGGGAAAUUGGGACGUGGGGUGGGGCUGCCUGCUCUGCUGGCUCUGCCCUGGGGAUUGGCUCACCUGGACGCUCCUGGAUUCUGGGAUCUGCUCACCUGCUUGGGACUGUGCCCCAAAACUGCAUUCUGCUCACCUGGACCCUGCAGACUGCAGGAUCUGCUCACCUGGACCCUGCAGACUGUGGGAUCUGCUCACCUGGACCCUGCAGACUGCGGGAUCUGCUCACCUGGACCUGCUCAUGUUGUGGGAUCUGCUCACCUGGAUUUACUCACUUGAGCACUCCCUGGACCUGCUCACCUGGAUCUGUGUCCCUGGAUCUGCUCACCUUAUGGGACCUGCUCACCUGAACCUGCUCAUGUUAUGGGACCUCCUCACCUGGAUCUGCUCACCUGAGCA